CUUAGCUUUUCAGCUCUCACUCAUUCCCACACCAAACACGACCGUCCUACACUUUCCUGAAGCCAACAACAGAGAAAUUAAGGAAACCCCGAGCAACAUCGGACGCAUCGAGCUCCCCCCGGCCCUGCCUCCGAUGUCGUCAUCGCCGCCGGCUUCCGCUCCGGCGGCGGCCAACGGCUCCUUCACCCCGCCUCCCCCGCCGGCGAGCACGGUGCCCUCCACGGGCACCUCUCCUCCGCCUCUCCCUCCACCGGCGCCGACCCUGCCGGCGCCUUCGAACGGGUUGCCGCCGGGGGCGAUGGCGGCGCUGAUAGUGGGGAUCGGGAUUGGGGGGCUGAUUGUGCUGAUUGGGGUGGGCAUUUUCGUGAUCUUUUAUCGGAGGAGGAAGAGAGGGCGGCUUGAGCUGGGGAGUUACCCUGCACAAGGGCCUAAAGAUGACCCUUCUGGUAGCCCAGCUCAGCCUUUUCAACCUAAUGUUGCUCCAUCAUUUGACAAAGUUACAAAUUGGCCAAAGCCUACUCCUCCGCCACGAAUUUUGUCCAGUUCGCAAGGUCCGACUUCUUCUGAACAGUUCUCAACAACAGAUUUGGGUUCAGUACCAUCUCCAGGCAUGGCAUUAGGUCUUUCACAGAGCACAUUCUCGUACGAAGAGCUAAAAAUAGCAACAGAUGGUUUCUCUAAUUUCAACUUACUUGGCCAAGGUGGUUUUGGCUAUGUUCAUAAGGGAGUGCUUUCGAGUGGGAAAGUAGUUGCAAUCAAGCAAUUAAAAGCUGGGAGUGGACAAGGGGAGAGGGAAUUUCAAGCAGAGGUUGAGAUCAUUAGCCGCAUCCAUCACAGACACCUUGUAACCCUUGUGGGUUACUGCAUUUCUGGUGCUCAGAGAAUUCUUGUAUACGAGUUUGUUCCAAAUAACACGUUGGAAUUUCAUUUGCAUGGAAAGGAUCGCCCAACUAUGGCUUGGCCUAUGAGGAUGAAGAUUGCUUUAGGUUCUGCAAGAGGGUUGGCAUAUCUGCAUGAGGACUGUAAGUAUCUUUUUUUUAACCUUACCACUAUGAUAAGUUUCUCGGUUCAUGUUUAUUGUAUUCACUUCUCAGGUAGUCCGAAAAUCUUUCACCGUGACAUCAAGGCUUCUAAUAUUCUUCUAGACUUCAAUUUUGAGGCAAAGGUUGCAGAUUUUGGACUUGCAAAGUCUGCUUUUGAUACAGAUACUCAUAUAUCCACUCGAGUAAUGGGAACUUUUGGCUACCUAGCUCCAGAGUAUGCGUCCAGUGGCAAGCUCACUGAGAAAUCGGAUGUCUUUUCUUUUGGUGUCGUGCUUCUAGAGUUGAUAACCGGGCGUCGUCCGGUUGACAAAACUCGACCCUUUGUUGAGGAUAGCAUGGUUGAUUGGGCAAGGCCUUUGCUGACACAAGCGUUAGAAGAUGGCAAAUUUGAUGCCAUCGUUGAUCCAAAACUGCACAAGGACUACGAUUCCGAGGAAAUGAGUCGGAUGAUUGCUUGUGCUGCUGCUUGCGUUCGUCAUUCUGCACGACACCGUCCACGAAUGACACAGGUAGUCCGAGCAUUGGAAGGAAACCUUUCUCUGAGCGAUUUAAAUGAAGGAAUUGUGCCCGGACAUAGCAGAGCAUAUAGUCCUUAUGGAAGCACAGACUAUGAUUCUAGCCAAUACCAGGAGGAUUUAAAGAAAUUCAGGAUGAUGGCCCUGGAAAGCCAAGAACAAGCCACAAGUGAGUUCAGUGGCCCCACUAGCGAGUAUGGCCUUCAACCAUCCAGCUCAAGCAGCGGGGUACAACAGACUACCCAAGAGACGGACUUAGGUAAAAUGGCAGAGGAUGGUUAUCAUGCUAGCAAAGGCACUUAAUAUUAAUAUGAACUGAGAGGCUAGACCCUACUUCCACAGUUCCACGGUAUGUCUGCAAGAUCCAUGCUCUGAUGAGAAACAUCUCUGGAAGAAAAAGUUUAUGCUGCGCUUUGGCCUGUGGUCGCAUUUGUGACUUGUUACUUGUAGAUUGAAAUGGAUUAGAUUUGGGAAAGGCAAAAAGUACAUAAGGUGUCGGUAUGUCUAUAUUGCUGAUUUGACUAGUAUGUUUGAGGUAUUCUAAAAUUUGUCAUUGCUGCUAGAGGAAUGUAUACGACAGGAAUGACGAGACUCAAAGUAGAAGGGAUCGUUUCCUCAUGAUCUUAUAGGAGCAGUGGGGUGCUGCAAUUUUUGGCUGAAAAGUUGGGAAGCAACGGGGGUUCUGAUUCAAUACAUUACGCUCAGAAGAGUUUCUGUCAUAAUCUUUUCCAGGUGCAGUCAGUGUGUAUGAUUGUAAUCAUCCUGUACACUUCCCAUCACUUUCCUGAAGGAUGAAUCUGCAAAAUCUGUUUAAUCCAAA